GCCCAUGUCAAGACGUUGUCAAGACGUAUCUCAGCAGGAACAAGCGCCAACAUGCCCGAAUUUGCACCCAUGAAGAACGACCUUCUCCUGCGCACAGCGCGUGGUGAGAAGGUCGAGCGUCCGCCCAUGUGGGUCAUGCGCCAGGCUGGUCGCUACCUCCCCGAAUACCACGAGGCCAAAGGCUCUCACGACUUCUUCGAGUGCUGUCGCUCGCCCGAAAUCGCCUCUACCCUGACUCUCCAGCCUAUCGAUCGCUUUGCUGGACUCAUUGAUGGCGCCAUCAUCUUCUCGGACAUCCUCGUCAUCCCUCAGGCCAUGGGUAUGGAAGUCAUCAUGGUCGACAAGAAGGGUCCCCAUUUCCCUGACCCCUUGAUGUCCCCCGACGACAAGCAGUACCAGGAAAUCAUGGAAAGAGACGUCGAUGUCAAGGAGACUCUGGACUACGUAUACAAGGCCAUCACCUUGACCAGACAAAAGCUCGACGGUCGCGUACCGCUCUACGGCUUCUGCGGUGCUCCCUGGACUCUGCUCAGCUACAUGGUCGAAGGUGGUGGUACCAAGAUGUUCAAGCAGGUCAAGACUUGGAUCUUCAAGUACCCGCAAGAGAGCAAGAAGCUGCUGCAAAAGAUCGCCGAGCUUUGUGUCGAAUACCUUGCCCUGCAAGUCGUUGCCGGUGCUCAGAUUGUCCAGGUCUUUGACUCAUGGGCUGGCGAGCUGUCCCCCACCUCUUUCAAGGAGUUUUCUCUGCCCUACUUGACCUACAUUGCCGACCACCUGCCUAACCGCCUCCGAGAGCUCAACCAGGAAGUCGUCCCAAUGACUGUCUUCGCGAAGGGUGCCUGGUACGCUCUUGAUGACCUCUGCGAUACUGCCUACAACGUCAUCGGUCUUGACUGGCUACACUCGCCUAAGGAGGCCUACGCCAUUGCUCAGAAGAAAGGCAAGGUCCUCCAAGGAAACGCUGACCCUGGUGUUCUCUACGGUGGCAGAGAAGCCAUUACAGCUGUCGUCAAGGAGAUGGUAGAGGGUUUCGGUGGUGGCAAGCAGGGCUGGAUCGCCAACCUUGGCCAUGGAAUCACUCCUUUCGUCAAUCCCGAUGACCUCAAAUUUUUCUUUGAACAGAUUCACGAGCUUUCAGGGCUCCAAGAUACAACAACCAAAACUUCUGCUCUACAUGCCGCAGAGCAAAAGAUGCACGACCGAAACAUGAUGACCAGCGAUUGGUGAAGCGGAUCUCCGGAAUCUACUGCUCAC